AUGGACAAGCGAGACAAGGCGAAGGCAGGGGCCGCCGCGCGGACGCCGGCUUCUCGUCCUCCCGGCCUUCCGACCCCCAAGCCCCCAGGGUCUCCUCGACCCCCGCCCCCUGUCACCGCCGCAGCUCUCCGGUUGCUGGGGGCUGCGGGGCGAAGGGCCCAGGCUGGGCGGGCGGGGGCCCUCGGCACAGCGGCCCUUCCGGAGGUGGCUCCUGGAGCCGGAGCGACACGGAGCGCCGGGGCAGGCCCCCGGAGCCCAGCCUCCAGGGCCCCGGCGGCCGGGAGAGGGGAGCGGGCUCCUGCCAGGACCCCCGGCCCGGGCUCUGCCUGUAGCCCUGGGCGUGUCAGUGGGACCACCAGGCCAGGCCCUGUUGGCCAGAAGGGACUUCGGCCCCCAGCUGAGGAACCUGUAGCCAGAGGAAAACCUGCAGAGACCCCUAGAAAGAGCACCCUGAACGCGGGGCUGCAGAGAGACUCUGCAGCGUCCUCCACAGGCUCCCCGGCCAUGGCCCGACGUUCCCGGCCCGCAGGUGUCGAGGUGGGACUCCCCCGGCCAGCUCCCGGUGCCCGGCCGCGGCCCCCAGCUGAGGCUCCCAAGAAAUCUGUGGGCAGUUCUGGGGAGCGCAGCGCCGCAGAGCCCAGUCCAGCAGCCAGGAGGCGCCCCACUGCCGGUGGGGGCCUCCAGAGGCCGGCUUCGCGCCCCCCGGCUUCCAGUGCCACCCCACUCUCCUCCCCUGCGCGCUCUGGGGCCCCAUCCCGUGGAACUCCGCGGGCUCCCACGCAGCCCAAGUCCAAGGGGCCCCAGGCACUGCGUCUCCCGCAGGCCACGCCCUCAAGGAAGGAGGUGGCGCCCUCGGCCACGCCCUCUCCCGCGGCUAGCACCGCCCGGCAGGCCCCGCCUCCUCCAAGCACAGCCGCUCCCCUGCCCACCACACUCCCUCCCUCCCCACCGACCACGCCCCCUCCAGCGGACGGGCUCCGCCUCCAGGCCCCACCCCCUGUGCCGGCCCCACCCCACCCACAGGCCCUACCCUGUCCUUUGGCCAUGCCCUUUCCACCGGCCCCCCCUCCCUCUGCUCCACUCGCUCUGCAGACCCUCCCCUCCCCACCGGCCACGCCCCCUUCUCAAGUUCCGCCCCCACACCUGGCUACAUCCUUUUCCGAGGCGUCUCUGUCUCCAGCCUCUGUGCAGAGCGCGCCUCCCGCCCAGGCUUCUCUUACUUCGCCUCCUGUUCCAACUCUCCCCUCUCCCUUGGCCACACCUCCUCCGUCUGCUCCUCUAUCGCCGGCCACGCCCCCUCUGCAAGCCCCGCCUCAACCAACAUCUUCAUUAACCAUGCCCCCUCGGUCGGCCUUAUCUGCCCAGACCACGCCCCCUCCACAGGCCGCUCCUUCCCCGUCUCCACCUCCUUUUCAAGCCACGCCUCUCUCCCAGGACCCUCUUCUGCUUGAGGCGCCUCCGCUGUCUCCCUCGGCCUCCCCGCCUCCGCAGGGCCCUCCCUCUCCUCUGGUCACAGCCCCUCCGCAGGCCACGCCCCCCAUACAGGCCCCACCUCCUUCGCAGGCCACUCGCUGUCCUCCAGCUCUGUACACUCCGCAGAGUACCCUUUCUUCGGGUUCAGGCCCUGUGCAGGCCACGCCCUCUCCCUUAGCCACACCCCCUGUGCAAACCCAGCCUCUGGCCUUGCCCCCUCUGCAGGUUCCAACCUCUCACCCUGCCACACACCCUUCGCCCCUUCCCUCUCCUCCAGCCUCACCCUCCCUGCAGGGUCCCCUGCCUCGUACUUCCCCUCCCCUCUCUCCUUUGGCCACGCCCCCUCUGCAGGCCUCCCCUUCGCCCUCUGCCCUGACCCCACCCCCUCCACAGGCUCCUCCUUCCCUGGUCUUGUCCCCUCUGCAGGCCCCUGAAUCCCCACUGACCACGCCUUCUCUGCAGGCCCCUUCUUCCCUGACCUUGUCCCCUCUGCAGGCCCCGCCUUCUUUGACCCCGCCCCCUCCACAGGCCCUUCCUUCCCUGGUCUUGCCUCCCCUGCAGGUCCCUGAAUCCCCGCUGACCAUGCCCCCUCUGCAGGUUCCUGAAUCCCCACUGACCACGCCCCCUCUACAGGCCCCACCCUCUUUGACCCCGCCCUCUCCACAGGCCCCUCCUUCCCUAGUCUUGCCUCCCCUGCAGGCCCCUGAGUCCCUGCUGACCACGCCCCCUCUGCAGGCCUCACCCUCCUCUCUGACCCCGCCCCCUCCACAGGCCCCUCCUUCCCUAGUUUUGCCUCCCCUGCAGGCCCCUGAAUCCCCGCUGACCACGUUCUCUCUGCAGGCCCCUGAGUCCCUGCUGACCACGCCCCCUUUGCAGGCCCCUGUUUCCCCGCUGACCACGCCCCCUCCUUCCCUAGUCUUGCCUCCCCUGCAGGCCCCUGAGUCCCCGCUGACCACGCCCCCUCUGCAGGCCCCACCCUCUUCUCUGACCCCACCCCCUCCACAGGCCCUUCCUUCCCUGGUCUUGCCUCCACUGCAGGCCCCUGAAUCCCCGCUGACCACACCCCCUCUGCAGGCCCCUGUCUCCCCGCUGACCACGCCCCCUCUGCAGGCCCCGCCCUCCUCUCUGACCCCGCCCCCUACACAGGCCCCGCCUUCCCUAGUCUUGCCUCCCCUGCAGGCCCCUUCUUCCCCGCUGACCACGCCCCCUCUGCAGGCCCCACCCUCUUCUCUGACCCCACCCCCUCCACAGGCCCUUCCUUCCCUGGUCUUGCCUCCACUGCAGGCCCCUGAAUCCCCGCUGACCACGCCCCCUCUGCAGGCCCCUGUCUCCCCGCUGACCACGCCCCCUCUGCAGGCCCCGCCCUCCUCUCUGACCCCGCCCCCUCCACAGGCCCCGCCUUCCCUAGUCUUGCCUCCCCUGCAGGCCCCUGAGUCCCCGCUGACCACGCCUCCUCCGCAGGCCCCUUCUUCCCCGCUGACCCCGCCCCCUCCGCAGGCCCCGCCCUCUCUGACCCCGCCCCCUCCGCAGGCCCCACCUUCCCUAGUCUUGCCUCCCCUGCAGGCCCCUUCUUCCCCGCUGACCCCGCCCCCUCCGCAGGCCCCUUCUUCCCCGCUGACCCCGCCCCCUCCGCAGGCCCCGCCUUCCCUAGUCUUGCCUCCCCUGCAGGCCCCUGAGUCCCCGCCCCCUCCGCAGGCCCCGCCCUCCGCCCCCGCCUCCCCGCGCCCGCAGACCCCCCGCCGGCCCCCGACCCCGGGCCCCGACGCCGCGCUGUCGGGCCCGCGGCUGACCCUGGCGCUGGCCCCCGGCCCGCCGCCGCCUCCCUCGCGCAGCCCGUCCAGUACGCUGAGCGGCCCGGACCUGGCCGGCCACAGCAGCAGCGCCACGAGCACGCCCGAGGAGCUGCGCGGCUACGACAGCGGCCCCGAGGGCGGCGCCGCGGCCUCCCCGCCGGCCGACGCCGACCUGGCCGCCUGCCACCCGGCCGCCUGGAGCCGGGGGCCCGCGCCGCCGCCGCCCAGCCUCCGCGCCGCCGCAGGAGCGGCGCUGCCGUGGCCUCCGGUCGCCGGGCCGGGCGCGGCUGACGGCCUGUGCACCAUCUACGAGGCUGAGGGGCCCGAGUGCGCGGCCCCCGGCCCCGGCGCGCUGGGUGCGGGGCCGGAGCCCGGCGCCGGGGGCGGCAAGGCGCCGGCGGGGACGGCGCCCGGGACCCCGACCCGCAGCCCGAAGGCGGCGCGCUUGGGCGAGCUGCCGCUGGGGGCGCUGCAGGCCAGCGUCGUGCAGCACCUGCUGAGCCGGACGCUGCUGCUGGCGGCCGCCGAGGGCGCUGCGGGCGGCGGCGGCGGCGGCGCGGGCCCCGGGGGCGCGGGCGGCGGCGGCGUGGCCGGCGGCUCGCGGACUGCGCUCAGCGACGCCGAACUGGGCCGCUGGGCAGAGCUGCUGUCUCCCCUGGACGAGUCCCGGGCCAGCAUCACCUCGGUCACCAGCUUCUCCCCGGACGACGUGGCUUCCCCACAGGGGGACUGGACCGUGGUGGAGGUGGAGACCUUCCACUGAGCCGGCCCCCAGCCCCGUCUGCUGCUCCAGACCCCUGUCUUCGGAUCUCCCCCUGCAGUUACACCUUUCUUAGACCCUGCCCCCAUCCCCCUGGCGUCCUGCUCUCGGUGGAUCCCUCCUAGCUGUCGGCCCCACGGUCCAGCCCUGCCUUUGGCUUAGGCUUCGGAUCCGCCCACAUUUCGGCCCUAGAUCCUCCCGAGCCCCGCCCCCGGGCCUAGGCUACGCCUCUGCUCCAACAGCCCCACCCUUAGCCUACGCCACGCCUCUGCCCCGCCUUCGGCCCCACCUGUGCCCCGUUAGCCCCGCCCCUCGGCCUGGGUCCCGCCUCUGCUGUUAGCCCCGCCCCUCGGCCUAGGCCCCGCCCCAUGUCCUGUGAAUUGUGUACUCUGCAUAA